GCCAAGAUAGCGGACUUUGGGCUGGUGAAGCUGAGUGGAGGCACCUCCAUGGGCACCUCUGUGGCCGCCACUCGAGUGAUGGGCACACCGGGCUAUGUUGACCCUGCUUACUACAAGACACACAAGGCCACACCAGCAGCAGACGUGCACAGCUUUGGGGUGGUGAUGCUGGUGGUCAUAACGGCACGCAAGGCAGUUCACAUGGCAGACGAUGUUCAGACCAACCUCAAGCAAUGGGUGGCUCCAUUGGUGGCAUCUGGAGACGUAGCAGCAUUCAAGGACCCUCACUUGGACGCUCCAGAUGACUUGCUGCUGCGCCUGGCUCGCCUCGCCCUCACCUGCACGGCCAUGCCCACGGCCUCCCGCCCCACCAUGGCCCGCGUGUUGGGCGAUCUGCUGGGCAUGAAGGAGGAGGUGCUUGGGGGUGCUGAGGCGCACAGAGCUGCAUGCCGCAUUGACAGGGAGAUUGGCAGCUCAGCGGCUCACACGGUGGACUUUGAUGCCCAGCUGGCCGGAAUAGAACAGAUGGGAGCGCAUAGCAAUUUGUCGGGUGAUGCAUGA